GCGAGCGGCGGCAGCGGCCGGCAGGACGGGCCCCGGGGCCGCGGCUGCUGCGCGGUCGGGAAGCGCGGGGAUUCUUGCGGGAAGCUCGGGGAUUCCUGUUGAAAGCGCGGAGACUCCUGUGGAAAGCGCGGGGAUUCUUGUGGGAAGCCCCCGGUCUGAGUGGCCCCGUGUUGCUAGCGCCGUGUUUUCCACGGGACUUGCGGCUCCUCCGUGCCGCCGAUACCCUGGGGCCGCUGGGCGCUGCCGGGAUGGAGCGAACGCACCGGCUGGAGCUGUUCCCUGACCGCAGCGUCACGCUGCUCCUCUUCCAGCACGUGAAAAAUGCCGCUGCUCUGCGGAAAAAAGCCAUGGAAGGAUCCAUUGACGGAGCACUGAUAAACCCUGCGAUGAUUGUAGAUCCUUUUCAGAUUCUUGUGGCAGCCAACAAAGCAGUGCAUCUACAGAAGAUAGGUAAAAUGAAGACCAGAACACUCUAUGCAGAAAUUAUUUUCAGCCUUUCACCAAGCAACAAUAUUUCAGAUGCAUUUAAAAAGUUUGGCAUUUCGGACAGCGACACGGCAGUACUCAUUGUGCUGGUUGUGGAAGGAGACAAGACUGUCAAUCUGGCAGAUAUAGCAUCUCAGGUGGAAGGUCAGCAGGUUUCCCUAGAUGAACUCCCCCAGCUAACAGACACUGCCAAAGUUAAAAAGAUGUACAAAGUUACUCCACAGGAAGAAAAAAUCAGCACCUUAUUGGACAGCAUUGUUUGCAGAAUGUCAACAAAAGAUGUUUUGUGAAAACGUGGAAAUAAAGUUCAGAGGAAGUGAAGUAGUACUGAGUAGUUUGAUGACAUCUGAGCUUUAACCAAGCUUGGACAUAAGGGUAACCUGAGCUGUGUUCUAAGCACAGAGAGCAUGUCAAGUAGAAUUUGCCAUUGGCAUUUUGGUUCUUUUUCUUGACAAGGGAGAAUUGGCAGUACUUUAAGCUGAACUUAAACAAAAGGCUUGGAAAUCUGUACUUUUGUCAAAUGUUUUGUUAGUCCCAGAGAGGGUUUAAACAUUGUAAAUCAUUUUUAUUAUCAUGCUCUGAUUUGUUUUGGUUUGGCAACCAGAUGGAUGAUAUCCUUUUAACAAUACUACUGCCAGAAAAGGCAUCUUUACAGCCCAAGUAUUUUUGAUGGGCUAGGAAGGACAUUUUCCAUAAACAAUCAGCAGCAUCUCCCUCUUUGUGCCACUGGGAUAGAGUUGCUGCCCACCCUUUGAGGACAGGAAGGGGCACAGGGGUGCUGUGCCAGCCAGUGGCAGUGUGGAGCAGGGGUAUCAGAGAUCUGUACAAGGAAGAAUAAAGUCUGUGGAUAAUGCUGUGGUGGUGUUAGCACCUGACAGUCUGAUGUCAUCCAUUGCUGGCUUUAAAGGCUAGGAAGUGGUGCUUUUACUUCUUAACACUGGUUCAUGUGUGGUGAUACUGAACUCACAGAGCCUGGUUACAGGUGCAGAAUUCCCAGAAAAAUUUGCACCAUAGGUUGUAUCCAGUUAAAUUGUUAAUAGAGCAUACAUAGCAUUCUGAAAGGACAUAAAACUUGUCUUGGGUUUUUGAACCACUGCUAACAAAGGCCAUGAAAGAGAACUAGGAGGACUAUUGAUUUCCAGUAGUCACCAGGUGCAACAGCUGUGAAUGUGUAUCAUAUAAUCACAUGUAUGCAUCCUGUUUAAGUAAAACUACUGUCUUAAGUGGGUAGAAAUCUAUAGUGCUUGUUAUUUUUACGCUGUAUUGUUUUUAUAGGAUGUGCAUAAAACUAUAGCUGUCUGUUUUUGGGUUUUUUUCCCUCAUGUUUUCUGAGGUACUAUGAUUAGUGCACUUAAAAGAUCUUUGGAAGAGAAUGCCUCACACUCUUACACAUACAUUUUGAAGGAGAGGUAAGUCUUAGAAUUGAAAUGUUGUCCUGUACAAUAAACAGACCAGUGGACUGACAUAUA